AUGAGUGAAUUAGAUCAGCUUCGGCAAGAAAGUGAGCAACUAAAAAAUCAAAUCCGGGAGGCCCGUAAGGCGGCUGCCGACACGACCCUCGCCCAGGCCACCACAAAUGUUGAUCCUGUUGGGCGCAUUCAAAUGCGCACCCGUCGUACUCUUCGAGGGCAUUUGGCGAAAAUAUACGCCAUGCAUUGGGCCACAGACUCACGCAAUCUUGUUUCUGCCUCCCAGGACGGCAAGCUCAUUGUCUGGGACGGAUAUACAACAAACAAGGUGCACGCAAUUCCCCUACGAAGCAGUUGGGUCAUGACCUGCGCCUACGCCCCGUCGGGAAACUUUGUUGCUUGUGGCGGCCUCGAUAACAUUUGUUCCAUCUACAGCCUUAAAACGCGCGAGGGUAACGUUCGUGUCAGUCGUGAGCUUCCGGGACAUACCGGUUAUCUGUCAUGCUGCCGCUUCCUUGAUGAUAACCGAAUUGUGACCAGCUCCGGGGAUGUUACUUGCGGUCUCUGGGACAUCGAGACAGGACAACAGGUCUGUGCCUUCACUGGACACACUGGCGACGUCAUGAGCCUAAGUCUCUCCCCCGACAUGCGCACUUUUGUCUCUGGCGCUUGCGACGCAUCCGCGAAAGUGAGUGCUCCUCAUGCAACGUGUCCUCAUGACUCCAUUUCUGUCUGUUAUUCCUUCAUCCUCAUUCUCACUAACUAA